AUGCCGACUGAGCACGCCGUCCACGACAACGACCAGCUCAACAGCUACAACGUCGCUCAGCUACAAUUCGCUCUUCCAACUGAUACCGCCCUCGACUACGACGCGCGCCGCAUGUCUAGCUCUGCUACUUCUACUGCUGACACCGACAGCAGCGUUCCCUCUCGCGGUGAAAAACGCUCCCUAACGCCAGCAGACUCCCCCGUUUCGAAAAGAUCUCGGAACGACCAGAACAACUGGAAAAUUGACUCCCCAUCUAGCCGUUCAACGACAGGAGUUAACGACAAACCUUCUACCGAUGCUGGCAUCGAUCAGUCUAAAGUUCAACUGCCCUCCAUCUUCACAACCUUCGAGGAUUCUUACAAAGGCGACAGCCGACGAGCCUCUCUGCCCAUCACUCACUCGGAAAGUCGAGUCCGACAUGCACCAUAUCCCCCGACGAGCUUACGCCAAGCAUACUCACCUUCGAAUCAGUCCACGCUGUCGUCGUACACCUUCCCUUCCAAUAAUGAAGAUGCCGUCGAAAAACAUUCAAGUCGUCCCAGGCUCUCAACCGACCUCAAUUUCGGCUUAACGAAUUCUUAUGAAUCUGCAUACCCUCAUUCCGGUUUGUCCAAUGGUACUACCCCCUCUAGCACGACUUUCUCACCUGCAACUUUUAAUUCCCCGUCCGAUUAUCAUCGGCCAACAGCUCUCUCUCCCUACUCGGAAACCGAAAGCUGGAAUUCCUCCCCCCCUUCGGGCAUCGUUCGUCCCAGCUCAACUCCGGGCCAACUAUCAAGUCCUCCUAUAAAAUAUGAUGACAGCUUGCGACAUUCUUCCUUUAGCGCCCCCACUUCUCAGGCACAAAUGUACGGUUCGGCUCGAAUUUCAGGACAACAUGAUCGCAGGUCAAAGGGUGACUCCUGGUCUUUCCCAAGCCCGGACUUUGUUCUUCCCUCCAACAACCCGCAAUAUUCUCCGUCCAUGACGCCCUCUGCGCCCUCCAUUGCUGCCUCUAAUUCUCCGUCGAGAGCCCUUCAACCGACAUCCUCAUCUCAGCUUGUCGAUCGUCCUCAACGCAAAAGGGGAAAACUUCCCAAGGAGACGACUGAUUACCUUAAGGCUUGGCUGCAUCGUCACUCUGACCACCCUUAUCCAAGCGAGGACGAGAAGAAGCAAUUGUGUCAUGCAACAGGCCUGAGUAUGAGUCAGGUAUCCAACUGGAUGAUUAAUGCAAGACGUCGCAUCCUUGCACCAGCGCACCGCGCAGCCUCAGGGCCGACGACAACCGCUCCGUUCCCUCCGUCAAGUCGCAGCGCCUCGUUGUCUGGAUUGCUGGAUCCUAUUUCCAGGCGGUCUUCGAUGCCAACUGACACCCUCCAGCUUUACCAUCCGAUGACUCUCCAAUCCAUGCCGAGCAGUCAUCAUUCUUCCCUAGAUUAUGGCUCGCGCCAUGGCCGAUCCUCGCACCAUUUGAGUGGCGGGAUGGAAUAUAGCAGCAACCGCCAUCUUGGAGUAUACACUUCGGGCCCCCACACCAGUGGACCCGGACAACCUCACUAUAUACCCCCCGACGUCCCACUGUCUGCCCCGCCAUCAUUGUCCAACAUUCCCUUCUCAUCGCAUCACUCACAAACAUCGUCUCAGCAAAAUAUUUACCCGUCCCUACAACCGAGUCCCCGACUCUCUUCUUCCUCGCAUCAGUCACAGCAAUAUUAUAACGAGGAUCAGCCCCACACUGGAUCUGCGCCAGGGUCUGGCUACGCGACACCUCAGUGAGGUUCAUGAUGUGUUUUCUCUGUAUUAUUUUUCUCCCGCUUCAGCGGACGGUUCCUUGCAUACCAUAAUUCUAUACCUUAGUUGUCCAACGUGCCACGGACUUGCUUGUGGACAGCCCCUUUCUCGAUUACAACACCCCACCUUGCGGGAUUCCCUUUCUUCCGCGUCGGUCUUUUUUUAUUUUUUCCUAACGAGCUUUUUUUAUUUCCGACUCGGGGACCCUGUGCUAUACCUUCUUGCUUGUGUUGUCAGUGCUGGUCUAAUCGCUCUUAGAUUGUUGUCUUGUUACUGAUUUUCUUGUACUUUCAUUCGCUUCACGGACCCAAAACGACUCACCCUGACCAUCUACCGUAAUCAUCUCGUUAAUAUGUACUUGUCCUUCACA